AUGGAGAUGGGCACCAAACCCAGUGCUCUGCAUAGACUGAACAGUGCCCUGUUUGUGACUGAGGGAACUGUAUUUGUGGUGCUCAGCAAUGGGAAGAACACAUGCACAAGGGGCGCAGACAUCAUCAAGGGCAUUCGUGCAAAGGUCCCCAAAGCACCCUGCCUCUUGGCCGAGUUGUCUGGAGAUCAGACAUCAACACUAGACAUGACUUCAGCAGUGGAGCUGGUCCAAGGGGCAGUCCACACAAUGGAAGAGAGUAUAGCAGGCAUGGACUUCAACAGUCAGUGCAACUUUGCAAAGAGUUGCCAACAGAUGGUGGACAUGAAACAGGCAGUCAAGGUGAUAUCAGUUGGCGAAUCACGGGGAGUAGACACUCUACUAGCAGAGAUUCAAAACAUGAUGGAGACAGCAGACAGUCUGUGGCCUCAGUACAAGGGUCAAUCCCCAGAAUUCCACGAGUUUCUCAAACACCUCAAGAAUGUUGCUGUCCAGCAACAAAUUCUGCCACUGGAAACACUUGUGAGGGAGCUGCCCAAAAAGUGGCUUGGAGAUGGCACGUUGGUUUAUGGAAAAGCACUAGAAGCCCUACACAAUAUGGGUAAGGUGUUUUACCUGCCUAUGAUGAAGGAUCAGCCAGUCAUCCUGGAUGUGAAGUGGUUCAUACAGACUAUGAAGGAGUUGUCCUCAUCCAAACUCUUGGCACCACUUGGACAUAACUUGGACGGUUUCUCACCGGACAUGCCUGUCAUCCCUAAGAGUGCUUUGUCCUCCCUGUGGCAUCUCACAGAAAACAAGUUGCCACUCAUGACUAGAGUACUGAGUGAACUGGGCAUCAGCAUCUCCCCGUACAACCCACCUGGAACUAGUGCUGAUGCCAGCAUUGGAGCCUUGAUAACCUACGCCAACAUUCCUGCAACACCUGCAGUGCCUUUGGAUGAGUUUUGGCCAGAGAAGGUUACCCCAGAUGACCUGGAGAUGCGUCAGCACUAUCACAUCCUGCCUGCCCCUCCCCCUGGACUCAUGGCGUCCCUUCUGUCUGAGUUCGGUCAGCUGGGGGGGUUCUCCCUGGUCUGGCGGGAGGGGGUCAUCCUCCGGAGGGGGGCGGUGGAGGUGCUCAUCCAGAUAGAGAAGAAAGAUGUAAAAGCCUGCAUUCCAGUAAUGGAAGCUGAGCAGGAGUUGGACCUGGACAAACCAAAGGCAGCUGCUGUGACUACUAAGGAAGAUGCUCAGAAGUAUGUCUUGCUUAGCUUUGCACAGAAGGACCUUCGACGUGUGCAAAAUAUUGCUACAGAACUUUCUUCAAAGGGCUAUCUGGUGGCCAUGGAUGGCAACAUGUCAGUAAUGGACACUGUGAGCAUGGCUGCUGUAGUCCUGAUGUGCAUCACCAACGAUUACAAAGAGACUGGGCGGUGCAAAAGAGUGGUUCAGCAGGCAGCAGAGCUAGGAGUUCCCCUGAUCCCCAUCAAGUUACAGACUGAGGUGGUCAUGGAUGACUGGCUGCAAGUGGCGAGCAACAAGGUUCUUAUCAACAUGACUCCCACUCAGGACUGGGGUUGGGCCGUGCAGACUCUGAAAAGCGAGCUGGGAAGUUUGGGGAAAAGGGUUUCCAAACCAAGAAACUUUGUGCAGCCAAGGAGAAGACUGAAGGAUACGCAAGAGCUAGGAGGCCCUUACUUGACUGUAGCAGCCAGAACCUUCAAACCUGAGCCAGGAAUGAACGUCAGUUGGGUUCAGCAGAUCUAUCACUCCUGUCUGACUGUUGUGGAGUAUGUUCUCAGGACUCAGGGGCUCUCUGCAGUUGUGACAAUUCCUUGCCCUACCUGUGUGGCGAAAGAGAAGCAGACAGUUCAUGAGUUCCAGAGAGAUGUGCUCACACCCGUAAAGCAGGUGGCAUGUCCCAACUGUGGUCUUCAGAAAACUGCAGACAUCUUGCAUGGAGACUAUGCGCCAUUCUUCCUGUCCAGCCACAUGUGGCCAAGCAAGCCCUCUGAAGUUCCCAGGGUUCCAGGAGUUAUAGAGGGAAACAAGGACCUGUGUGUGCACUGUGGUCUGACCAGGGAAGUGGCUGCUAAACUAUGGCAAAUGCAGAGCCUGAUUACCCCAACCUUUGGCCACGAGUGUCAGCUGUACCCAACAAGAAGGCCUGGCCAACAGCUGUCAGAGAAGGAGAAACACGGAUCCCUCUUUCAUCCUGAAGGAAAGAUGGAAGUCAUCAGUGCACAGCCACUGGAUCCGGAGGGGUUCAGGGACUUUGAGGUCAUCCCAGCUGAAGGAAACAACUUGUACCUGAAGUUUGGAGUGAGAAGUGCAAAGGGACAGGUCAGCAUGACAAUAAAAGGUUCAGAGGUCAUCAUAGCCACCCCUGAUUCCCCCAAUGGUACAACCCACCAGGUGGACUCACCAGCGGCCAUAUAUGGGGUGAAAGUGGAGAAUGCCGACCAAUUUGACCCCUCAGAGGAGGAGAGCCCCCAACCUGACAUACCUGAUGAGCCAGCACCGGAAACUCUGUACGAUGACUGGCAGGAAACCAUGAGGCUGGAGUCGAAGGACAAGAAGAAUCCGACCAUGAUCUGUGUCAGCACCGUCAUGAAAGUCCAGCCUCCAUCCGAAGAGAACAAGAAGUGCCAGGUUCUGAUCCACUUUGAUGGUUGGACGACCAGGUAUGACUACUGGACAGACAUUGAUGACCCUGACCUUCAUCCCCUUGGGUACUGCAAGGCCAGCGGGAUCAGACUUGAAAAGCCUAAAGGUUAUGGAAAACAGUUUGAUUGGGAACAGUACUUGCAGGAGGAGAAUGUAGACCCUGUGCCUUUUCACGUAUUUAAUGAGAUGCAGAAAAAAGACAGCAAGCCAUAUUUGUAUGAUCCUGAUGCAGGGCUGGUUACUUUUGAUUCUGAGGAGGAACAACAGAAAGCUAUGGGAAGAUUUCUUGCAUCCAAUUCCCAACAAACAAGGAAAUGCAAGGUGAUCCUGACAAGAAAUGGCCAGACCUUGACCUCCGUAGUUACUGAGGGCGACAUCCGUGUGCUCCUGUCCUUUUCUGCAUCUGGCGAGAGUUCAGGUCAAUGGUUGAACAAAGAACCACAACUCAUUCUGGCCAGCCAAACCAUGCAUCCGGGUGGCUCCGCCGCCUCUGUCCAGCACAUGUUCUCCUCCGCACCGUUCCAAGUCGGGAUGCGCUUGGAAGCUGACGAUCCCCUCGGUAGCAGAGAAGCCAAGAACAGCCUGGUUUGUGUGGCAAACAUAAAGGAAAUGGAAACAGAGGCUGACGGGAGGCAGAAAGUCGAGGUCCAUUUCGAUGGCUGGACAAACAAGUACAAUUACUGGUGCUAUACAGACGACCCUAAGCUCCAUCCUAUAGGUUACUGUGCAUUCAAGGGCAUCAACCUUCAAAAACCCAAGGGUUACUCAGGAACAUUUGAAUGGAGCAAGUAUCUGGAUGACAUUGACAAAGAAGCAGUGUCCUACCAGAGAUUUAAUAGGGAUCAAACCAAGGGCUGUCCCCCAUAUGGAAUGGGUGCAGCAGGCAAGUUGGGUUCCAAGGCAAACGCAACAUCUUCCAGAGUCAUCGCAUGCAGGGAUUAUGGACGACUGGUACCUCAAACUUCUGACGUCUGCAAGUUUGUUGAAGCCUACCAGUCGAAGAUCCUGUCCCCACGCCUGCUCCCAGAGAAUCCAACGUUUGCCGUCCUCCUGCCUGAACAGCUGGACCUGCCACUGCUGCUGUACCCCAGCCGCAGGGCGGUACAGGGCAGCCGGGGGCAGGCGCUGCAUGUGCUGUGUCCUGGGGAACUGCAAUACCAGAACAUCCAUCUGGUUGGAACAGCUAAUGCUGUCACUCUUGGCCAGCAAUCUGACAAAGUCCAGGGAAUGCUGUCCAAGCUCCUGCUAUUCUGUCACAGCCUCAUCACCUGCAGAAAGGUUUUCCUUCCACCAGAUCUGGCAGCUCUAGUGAAGGAGGAUGUUACAGAAGACUUGGUGGUGUGUGCCCUAGCACGACUCCUGUCCAUGUAUGCAUCAGCCAGUCUUCUGUUAUCUUAUCUGCAUGGAUAUGACAUCACUCAAAUCGCAGCAAACAUGGACAAGUGGUUACCACAGGAAAUGUCAGUCAUCAAAGACACAGUUCUACCGGGCAAAUCUGUGAGUGGAACGAACGGCCAGUGGCUAUGCCCUGGUCACCAGUCAUCCUGGCAUGUGAACGACAACUCUCUUCAGACCUUCCCACUCCAGGAGUUUGCCUCUUAUGCUGGUACCAUCAGCACCCUGACCUUCGAAGCCAACGGGAUACAAUCCCUCCCCGACAACUUCUUCGCAGAAUUUCGGUCCCUCCGCCAAGCAAACCUGUCAUCCAACCAGCUCCAAAGCCUCCCGCUUGGCAUCGGAAUCUGCGAGAACUUGGAGUCCUUCUCGGUUAAUUACAACUCGAUUGCAAAGCUGCCAGCAGACUUCCACGACUGUGGGAAGUCGCUGCUGGUGCUAAAGAUCAGCGGAAACCCCAUGGAUAGCCUCCCGUCCCCCCUGGCUAGCUUUGGACGGUUGGAGGAGCUUCAGGCAUCAAGCAUGCAGCUGAGAAAGCUGCCUGAUGACAUCAAAGGGCUGCAGAAGCUGAAGACAUUGAACCUGUCUUCGAAUCCGCUCACGGACCUGCCGGCUUCCUUCUGUGAACUGAAGUCACUGACACAUCUGGACAUUUCUGGUGUCCCAUGGAUCGAGCAGGAACAGGGGAAGGCAACUUUGCUGUCUUACGAAGCCUUUCUAAACUUCACGAGGAGGCAUGGCAUAUUUUCCACUGUUUCAGAAAAGGACUUGAGAGAUGUCUUCACAUCCUGUGACAAUGACAAGAACGGUCUCCUGGAUGAGGGGGAGGUCCCAAAGCUGAACGCACAACUCUUCAUCAUGUUCCCCAGGUUUGGGACAGACAGCACAACUGCAGACGAUGACCUGGGCGGCAUCCCGGGGCAGGUCUUUGCCCUGGAGAGUUUGGAGGAGCUGCACAUGUGGUACCAGGCUCUGCGCAGGGUUCCGGCCGAGGUGAAGCAGCUGAAGAAGCUGAAACAGCUCAGCCUGCAGCACAACCCCAAACUGGAGACACUGGCAGCAGAGUUAGGAGGACUGCAAUUGAAGGGAAUGCAGAUCUCCAACUGCCCAACUCUCAGAACCCCUCCCAGGGAGAUAGUUGCCAGAGGCUUCUCUGCUGUCAUGGCCUACCUGUCCAGGCUGUUGUCUGGGUCCGUGGAGUGUAAGAGGACAAAACUCAUGUUUGUAGGCCUGGGAGGAGCUGGUAAAACAAGUCUGAUGCGGGCAUUGAUGAGUGGAAACUUCGUUACCCCGGCAACUGUCGGAGAGGCCAUCACCGAUGGUAUCGACAUCAAGACCUGGGAGAUUAAGCAGGGCAGGUCCAAGCUGUCCUUCAGUGUGUGGGACUUUGCUGGGCAGACUGUGUACUACAACACUCACCAGUUCUUCCUGUCCAACCGUGCCGUGUACAUGUUGAUCUGGAACACACGUCUCGGCCACGAGCACGCCGGCCUGGACUUCUGGCUCAGCUCUAUCGAGUGCCACGCUCCCAAGGCUCCCAUCUUUGUCAUCGGAACCCACGCUGACCAGGUGACCAAGUCUGAGUUGCCUAUGGAGGAGCUGAGCCGCAGGUAUCAGCAGAUCAAGGGCUACUUCUGUGUGAGCUCACAUACUGGGCAGGGUGUGAAAGAACUGCAUGACAAGCUGAUCUCAGUGACCCUGGAUGAACCCUACAUGGGGGAGAGGAUCCCGCAAGUCUGGCUUAGCUUUGAGCAGUCGGUUAUCAAGGACCGGAAACAGCAGAGUGUGCUUCCCUGGGAGGUGGUGGCCAAACACGCCAGUGGUGCCGGCAUUUUUGACAGGAGUGAGCUGAACCAGGCCGUGCAGUUUCUCCAUGACCUCGGCACCCUGCAGCACUUUGACAAUGAGUACCUGAAGGACAGGGUCGUCAUCAACCCACAGUGGAUCGUGGACGUCAUGGCCUGUGUUGUGUCUGUCCACACUACUGCUAUCAAGGAGGGUCGGUUUGAUCACAAAGACGUGUCGCUGGUGUGGAAGGAUUAUCCUGUGGACCUGCACAACUGGCUCCUGCGGCUGACAGAGGAGUUUGAUCUCACCUUCCCCCUCCCUGAUCAGCCGGUGAACGUGGUGCCCUGCCUGCUGCCAGACAAGGAGGCUCAGUAUGAGUGGCCGGAAGUGGAGCCACCCUGCCACGAGACCAAGAUGUUGUACAGGUUUGACUAUCUGCCUGCUGGGCUCUUCAACAGGGCUCAGGUGCGCCUGUGCCAGUACUCAGACAGCUCAGCAGUGUGGAAACGAGGCUCCCUCCUCAGGAAGAACAAACAUCUGGCUCUCAUCCAGCAGACAAAGGGUUCUGAGCUGCUGGUGAAAGUCCAGGGGCCUCGGCCGGAGAACAUCCUGUUCCUGGUGCAUGAGGUGUUUGAGGCUCUGAUCGCUGAGAGCUUCCACGGUGUGCAGUACGACUUCCUCAUCCCCUGCCCUGACUGCAUCAAAGUGGGUUCCCUGGAUCCCUACAUGUUUGCAGCCUCUCUGGUGAGGAAGGCAGUUGAGCUGAAGGCACCCUUCCUGCAGUGUGGCACGUACUUCCACAUUGUGUCCAUCACUGAGCUGCAAGCCAUCAUGCCGCCGACAUCAGGUACAGACUUCCACAUGCAUCUGGAGAACGCGGUGAGAGAUCUGCAGAACCUCCACGUCACCCUGUCCACCGACGUCUUCAUCACAUUCUGUCAGGACAACGUGCCCAAAGACUACAACGACCCUCGGGCGGUUCACCCGGCCAGGAUCAGGGACGACAUACAGGCUGCUGGAUACACAUGCUGGUAUCAAGAGGACCAGAAUGACUUGGAUGUCCAGGACUUGGCAGUUGCAAUGAAGGAUGCACAGGUGACAGUUGUGUUGAUGUCUGAUGAGUACGAAGGGUCAGAAUCCUGCCGUGCUAUCAUCCACUACGUCCGCUCCACCCUUAGGAAGCCGGUUAUUCUGAUUGUGGUCGGCAAGGGAUGGAACUGGCAGAAAACGGACACUGGGCUCCUGCUGGCUCACAUGCUGUACAUCAACAUGCAGGAUCCCAAACUCUACAAGGACAAGAUCGCUGAAGUGUUGAGCCAGCUCGAAAUGAAAACAACCAAGAAACAGACUCAGCAGUUCCCACCCUGCUUUAUCAGCUACUGCUGGGCAAACUCUGAGGAGGCGUGUAACAUGGGUCAGGUCACCAGAUAUGCAGGCGCUGUGGGCAGAGUGGAUCCACGGCAACUGAAGUCACACCUUGAGCAGAAGGAUGUGAAAUGCUGGAUGGACAUUGAACGAGUUGGCAAGGGAGGACUGUUUGAAGACAUUGCAGAGGGACUGCGACAUGCCAAGAUGGUUGUAGCCUGUGUUUCUGACGAGUAUGUGCGCUCCAAGAACUGUCAGAUGGAGUUUCGCUUUGCUGCCGUCACCCUGAGACUGCCCAUUGUCCUGGCUGUGGUGGGAACUGGCUACCAGUGGGAGUCAACUGAGUGUGGUAUGCUGAGCCUUGGGUUCAACAAGAUAAACUUCCAGCAUGGAGGAGAAGUGGAGAUGGACAGGCUGGUGGAACUCGUGCAGGAGAAGUGCAAGACUGAAGACGAAGCCACAAACGACAGUGCUGAUGACGACAAGUCUAGCAACAGUGCAUCAUUCCAGGAGCUGUAUGAGUUAGCCCAGAGGAAGUUCCUGCGACAGGUGGCUCACUAUGAAGAACUGCUGGACCUGCCUCCAUACCCGAGACUCGUGGUUGUCGACUUUCAUCACCAGGGUUGGCACCUGUGUAGUACUGCAGGUGUGCCUGUACCAGGUUCCCAGGCUGAGCUGCAGAGUAAGCUGAAGGCCUGGUCGCCCUACCUGGCCAGGCUGUACGCCAUCCUGAAGCACGGGCCCGUGCAACUGGACGUCUUAACAGAGCAGGAGAAGGGAGACCAGUUCCUACAAUUUCUGGAGGAGCAUGUUGGCUCGAGUCUGGACUUCAACCAGCCGUACGGUGAACUGAUCAAGGCAGCCAUGGCGGCAGACACUGAGGGGACUGCAGGAGGACUGGCAAGAUGCCACCUGCCCAAUGGUAAGACAGUCUGGCUGUGUGAGCAGCAUCGACACAAUGGCCGGCUGACUAUCCUGGACAGUGAGGUGGCGGCGCCUGCGGCGGGGGGUGGCGAGCAGUCACAAGUCGACGCAGACAUGCUGGAGCAGCUGCAGAAUCUGAGCAUCAACGACGUGCCCACACCACAGAAACAACAGCAGAAACAGCAGGGGCAGACGCAGAAACAACAGACAGCUGCAGCAAAAGGUACAGCAACAAAUCAGGAACCAAAGAAACAAAACUCUGUGGAAGAAGGAGCGAAAGCUGAAGCCCCUCGGAGACCAAAGACAGCCAAAGAGAAAUUUAGGAGUGCCGUCAAUGCCAUCAGUGCUACCAAUACCCAGAGCAAGGCCUGCUCACUGAUGUAGAUGGGUUCAUGUUAAUUUGUGUAUAAGAUUUGUCUGACUAUGCAUUGCGCGUUGCGUUUAAAAUGCCAAUGAUAAUGGCGUGAUAUGCAAGUCAGGUAACCAAUUAGAAAGUGGAAAAGGAAAUGAAAAAUUAUGAUCUUACUCAAAUGAAAGUUGUCUUACACUACUUGUAAUAGUGCAAUCUUGCAAUGGUUGCAAUUUUAGACAGAUGGUCAUGUCAUUGGUUUUAAAGAAAUUUAUUUGUAUUUUCAUAGAUAUGAUCCAAAAUAUGCUUUAUUUUAUUAAGGAGAUAAAGAGUAGUUAACUAUGUGUGUUUUAUUUCUUGUCCAUAGAUUUUUAUCUUGAUUCAGUGUGAUUUUAUCUGUAUCUGUAUAGGCGGUAUAUUACCGCCUUUCUGCGGAACACCAGAUUUUAAGUUGUAACGUUAUGCGUUACCAAAAUUUUGAUCUUUAAUAAUGUCAAGGGAUGCAUAUCUUCUCACUUGUUUCCAUAUAAUUAUAAAAUGUAAAUUUUGAGUCUUUGUGUGCAAAAAGUGUAUAAUGUUAUAGGCUAAACAGCCACAUGUUUGUUAUAUAUAUAUAUGUCUACAUUACAAAAUGUUUUCAUUUACAAAUACAUGAUGCAGUGCUCAUACUUUGUCCAUGUCUGUGCAAUUUGAUCCUUGGUAGUCCUUCAUAGUCAAAUGCAAUUUAAUAAAUUAUAUUAUAAUGGCCAGUAAAAAAAGGUUUUAAAUCAUUGUCACCGUGGUAAAAUUGUAUCUUAUUUCUGUCAACUCUGUGCACAUGAGAUCCAUUUGUAAGAUAAAAGCAUAAUGUCUUUGCUUUGAAUUAUUUUAUCCAUUACGAACUC